GGGCGGAGGAGCCGGCGCCGGAGCUCCAGCCUGAGCCCCAGCCGGGAGCGGGUCUCGGCGGGGGGGCUCCGGGCUGUGGGAGCUGCUGGGCCUGGCAGCGAUGGCGACCCUGUGGGGAGGCUUCCUUCGGCUUGGCUCCUUGCUCAGCCUGUCCUGCCUGGCGCUCUCAGUGCUGCUGCUGGUGCAGCUGUCAGACGCCGCCAAGAACUUCGAGGAUGUCCGAUGUAAAUGUAUCUGUCCUCCCUAUAAAGAUAAUUCUGGGCAUAUUUAUAAUAAGAACAUAUCCCAAAAAGAUUGUGAUUGCCUUCAUGUCGUGGAUCCCAUGCCUGUACGCGGGCCUGAUGUGGAAGCCUACUGCCUACGCUGUGAAUGCAAGUAUGAGGAAAGAAGCUCUGUUACAAUCAAGGUUACCAUUAUAAUUUAUCUCUCCAUUUUGGGCCUUCUCCUUCUAUACAUGGUGUAUCUUACCCUGGUUGAGCCCAUACUGAAGAGACGCCUGUUUGGACACUCGCAGUUGAUACAGAGUGAUGAUGAUGUUGGGGAUCACCAGCCUUUUGCAAAUGCCCACGAUGUGCUAGCCCGCUCCCGCAGCCGAGCCAAUGUGCUGAAUAAGGUAGAGUAUGCCCAGCAGCGCUGGAAGCUUCAAGUUCAGGAGCAGCGAAAAUCCGUCUUUGACCGUCAUGUUGUUCUCAGCUAAUCGGAAAUCAUACUGAAGGUAUCUGGUUCACCUGUGGCUGCACUUCAUGGUAAAGUGGAUCUGAAGUACCAGGUGGCUCCUCAUAAAAUGCAGAUUUUCCUCAUGUACUGUGAUGUCUGAUGCAAUGCAUCCUAGGACAAACUAGCAAUUUGCUAGUUUACUCUAAUGACUAAACAGAGUCUGGUGUGUGUGGUCUUUCUCGUCUUCUUCUAGUGUCUUUAAGGACUUCGACACUUGCAAUAAAGGAAUUUUCUUUUAACCCCAAGCCUCUCUGGACUGGUGACAUACACGCCUUUGUCAACAUUUCCGGUCAGGUGGAGAGGCAGCUGUUUGAGCUGUAGUGUGUGCUGGGGUUCUGGGGGCCUCCUUUGAAACCUGUAACAGUUAUUGGAUAACUGGCUGUUUUCUUUGGAUGUCCUCUUUGGAAUGUAACAAUAAAAAUGAUUUUUGAAACACUUAA